GCCCACAGUGAUUCGGCAAAGCAAGACGUAAUAUUAAAUAUUUCUUAGAACGAUACACGAGCAACAUGUCAGACUGUCCAGUAACAUUUAAUGCCGGUGACUACGAGAUGACUCAAGAUUAUAACAAGGACGAUUCGAAGGUGUAUAUUAGAGUAAAGUUGACCGAUUCGGCUUACCGCGCCAUCGAAGAGUAUCAACAAUAUUCAAAGGCAAAUCACUUGACGAACGAGCAGAAUCCAAAAAUGAAAAUGAACGGUAAUACCGGUAUAAUCAGCAUACCCACAUUUGGCAAUGAAGCGGGCGUCAAUUUUGGGUUCUCAUUGGAUGCUGUUCAAGGAUCGAUGGAGGCCGUACAACAGACCGCCGAAGGUCUCAACAGUCUCGGUACCAUUACUCACAGCAUGCGUAUUCAUGCUAACGAAGAUGUUUUUGCUGAAACACGCACCAAAAUGGCUAUGUCGGAAGAGUCGGAGCGCAGCAAAUGCACAAAAGUGAUCAAACCCAGUAAAAGUGAGAUCGGUCGCAAAGUGAAGAAACCGGUGGCGACUUUAUCGGCGCAGCAUAUGGCACACAACAAUGAUCGCAAUAAGGCGUGCCCUGAAUUGCCGGCAAUCGGUGUUACAGAAAGUAGCAAAGGUGUGCUUAAUGCUAAAACUAACGAAACUGAUUUUGUACGACCGGUGAGCAAACCAGCAAAGGUGGAUAUGAGAUCUGAACACAAUAGACAUGGCAGCGCUUCGUCGAAACGUAAUGGUAAAUCCUCUCAUAAACGCGAUAGUAAGGGAAAUACAGUUUCCUCAUUGCCCCUUCUAACGAGCCCCUCAAAACCAUCAUCCACGCUGACGAAUGGAAAUCAUCGAGAGCGCAAUAUUGCGAGUAAUACAUUAUCUUCACUUCCUCUUCUCACGACACCUUUAAAUCCAUCUUCCCAGUUGACGAAUAGGAAACAUCGGGAAAGCAAUAUGAUAACACCUUCAAAACCAUCUUCCCAGCUGACUAAUGGAAAUGUUAUUUCAAGUAACAAUGGAACUGCCGGACAGAAAGCACCUGAUUUUGUUCGUCCGCUGACCAAGCCAAAGGAUAUAGAUACGAAAUCUGAUCACAAAAGACAUAGCAGUACCUCGUCGAAAAGUAAUAGUAAAUCCUCUCAACCGCGUGAUAGUAUGAGUAAUACAUUACCUUCGUUACCGAAUCUAACAACCCCCUCAAAUACAUCUUCUACCCUUCUGAAUGAUGGAAAUUCAAUGGUUAAGAGAAAUGACAAAGAGGUAAAAUCGCAACACCCUAAUAGUGCCAAGGCUAAAUCUGCGCAAUCGAAAGCCGUGAACAAUAAAAGCGUUAAAAAAUCGACAGCUAAAGGCAAGCAACCCGAUAUAACUCGUUGUAAAAUAAAGGAACGUAUCAUACAAAUGUUGGCUCUUAGGCCGUAUAAGAAGCUUGAACUUUAUACUCGGCUGCAAAACGAGGGCUUACGUGAUGCUGAGCGCCAAGCUAUUAGUACCAUAUUGCGUGAGAUAGCGUUCUUGCGCGACAACGCUUUCAAUUUGCGACGUCACAUAUGGAAUAUCGUAAAAGAAGACUGGCCUUUUUAUAAUGAAGCAGAACUGCAGCAGUUGAAAGAGAAUAAGCCUAAAGACUUGACGCCACCAAUAAGUUCAGAUACAGCGAGCCCACCAUUAUUGAGCUCGCCCAGUCCACCACAAGUGGCCCCAGUUAGUGACUUUAAUUAUGGCAACAGUUUGAAGCGGCCUGGCGAAGUCUAUCAAAAUCCGGUUUUAUCCAAAAAACAACGAAUAAGUCUUGUUAAGACAAAAGAACGUGUGGGUAAUCGCAUAAGCCCAACCAGCGAAAAUACUUUAGUAUAUAACAGAAACACAGAGGCUAGGGAAAGUAAUCAAGUGUUCAACGGCACACAAAUCAUCGCCAAUUGUGUCAAUCCAAACAAUUGUGAGAAUACCAGCGAUGCUCCUUCUGAUCAGCACCUGACCGAGAGUAAGCCAGCGAAAUGUUCGGCACCUCUUUCCGUUCAGCAUCCAACCGAACGUGUGAGUGAAGAUAAGAGCAGCAGCGGAAAAAGCAAAGGCCGUAAGUCUAAGAAAUCUUCGGCUCCUGAAUCCAAUAAGCAGCCGGCCGAGAUUGUGAGCACGGAUAAAGGAAUACAAAUCACCGCCAAUACUAGCGGCGUUCUUUCUGAUCAGCACCUGACCGAGAGUAAGUCAGCGAAAUGUUCGGCACCUCUUUCCGUUCAGCAUCCAACCGAACGUGUGAGUGAAGAUAAGAGCAGCAGCGGAAAAAGCAAAGGCCGUAAGCCUAAGAAAUCUUUGGCUCCUGAAUCCGUUAAGCAGCCGGCCGAGAUUGUAAGCACGGAUAAAGGAAGCAGCAGUAGCAAACGCCGGUCAAGUAAGCCAAAGGGUAGCACCAGGAGCGAAGCCGUGGGUACUGAUACACAAAACAAAGAGAACUCUGCAGCUCCUGUUGCCGUUAAUCAGCCAGCUGGCAAUGUUAGUGGUUACAAGAAGAGCAGCAGCAGAAACAAGGCAGAUAAGUCCAAGAAAUCGUCGACUUCUGUUGCUGAAAAUCAACCGGUCAUAAGCGCCGAUAAGAGCAGCAACAAAAAGAAGGCAAGUAAUUCUAAGAAUGACAAAGAAAGUAACACAUUUAAUACUGAUACCGAAAAGCAACACGAAAGUAGUCGGUCGAAGUCCAGCAAAAGUAAGGAAACAACGCAAAAAAGCAAAAGUAAUAAUAAUGCUGACCUACCAGCAAGCCCCAGAAAAGAGACAUCAAAACCACAGAUGACUGUGCCACCAUUUACGGAUCAGAAACUUAAAACUCCGAAGGAAGUGGAACAACAGAGUUCUCUAACGGUGAAACCACAGCAGCAAAUCACACUACAAGAGCCAGUAGCGCAACAUUCCACCACAAAUAAAAGUCUUGAAGCUGGCAAGCAUAGAGAACAACGAAGUUCUCAACACAUUUUGCCACAGCAGCGGCUCCAACAGCAAUACAAGUCUCAAGAACCCGCAGCACGCAGGUCCGGUCCAAAGGAUACAUUUAAUGCUCAUAAGCAUGUAGAACAAGGCCUUUUCGACACACCACAACAGCAAGUCCAACAGCAAAUCAGAUCGCAAGAGCCAGUAGCGCAGCAUUCCACCAUGACUGACGCACACACUGCUGAGCCACAAAGCCGUUUUGAUUUUAGCAUGUAUACUCCGAUCACAUGCGUUGAACAGCGACGCCUUUAUAAAGCCGAAUUCGAAAGUCACUUCGAGGAAUACGACCAGCUGUCAAAGAGCGUCGAACAAGUGCGCCGUGACUUUCACAUAUUAGUACAACAAUUAGGGCAAUUUCCACCAGGCAGUCCCGUCUAUCAACAUAUCCAACAAAAGAUUGAGAUGGAAUUCGAGCGGCUAAAUACUGUGGAGGAGAAACAACGGAAGCUAAGAUUUGACUACCUGCAGGCCAAAUUAGGACACAUUACGCAGCUUGUAAACGAUUACGAUCAGAAGUUAAAAGCUGAAUCGGCUGCAAUUGACGCGGCUGUGCUACAACACCAACUUCUUCAGCAGCAGCAGCAAAUGUUACCAAUAACACCGAUCGAGGAGCCGAAAGAGAUAUACUCGUACGCUAUGAAUGGCAGUACCCAUGUGUUGACCGCACCAGCCCAACCAAGCAACGGACACGUCCCAGUCUCAAUGGUGACCGACGUUGAGAACGAAGUUGAAGUUGCUCAGCCACCACCACAAGUAUCAACAUACAAUAUGCAACAGAACACAACGAAUGGGGUGGUAUGGCAUCAAGAAGCGCAGCAGCAAAAUAGUGUUGCGAUCUCAAAUACAGGAUUAGGGUAUUUUAGAGGCUCACAAUUCAUUCCACAACAAACGCAGCACCAAGAAAAUGGUCACCAAGAAAGUGGUCACCAAGAAAAUGGUCACCAUGAAGAUAAUGAUUUAUCAGAUUCAGACGAUUCGGACGAUUCAUCCAACUCUAGUGAAGAAGAACUAGCGUCUUUUCAAGGCUUACAAUUCAUUCCACAACAACCGCAGCACCAACAAAAGUAUCAUCAAAAUAACCAGGAGCAUGGUGAUAAUAAUUUAUCAGAUUCGGAUGGUUCGGACGAUUCGUCCGACUCUAGUGAUAGCUCAAAUUCAGAACUAUCAUCUGUUCGUCGCUCACAAUUCAUCGCACAACAACCCCAACAUCAAGGAAGAGGAUGCCAAAAUUACCAGGGGAAUCAGAAUGAUUUAUCAGGUUCGGACGAUUCGUCCGACUCUAGCUCGAGUGAAUCAGAAGACUCUGACUCAGAUAAUGAUGCCGAGUGAAGCAACACAUUGCCUAUGGUUAGCUGUCACACGGUCGAGCCAUUCAUCAUCAAAUAUUAUUAGCUGUUAAAUUUAAGUAAAAGUGUUUACGAAAAUUUUUAAAUAUGCAAUUUAUUUUUAUGAUACCAACUAGCAGAUUAAAUACAUAGUAAAUAUAAUUGUUUUCUUUAACAAGUAAGUUUUUGUUGUUCAUUCAGUAGUGAAGGGGGUUUGGAAAAGGGGUAGACACACCUGAGUCCAAGUUGUUUUCAUAUUCCGUCGUUUGCCUGGGUUUGUUAUUUUUCCUUAGGUUUCCUCUUGGAUAUGUCGAUCGAAUUGGUAUUUUGACUGAUGAACAUAAAAAAGAAAG